CUUGCCUUAACUCCGUCCAGUCAGAGGUCAGUGAGCGCGCGCCCUCCAUCAAUCCUCAGCUAAGAACAAGAAGCACUUCGUUACAAACAAAAGUUACAGACCGACUGAUGUUCGGAGGUUUUCCUUAAAACAAGCCAGUGAAGCUACAAACAACAGCGGCCACUGUGGUUUCUCAUCGGGAAGCUCAGUGAUCGGUGUUAGCUUAUCGUGGGGUCGCUAGCCUCGUUAGCCACAUUAGCUGGCUGUUGGAGAAAGUUCCUGCUAGCUCCAUCGCAAGCUAGCUAGCUAGCUAACCGAAACUCCCAUUUCUCCUUUGACCGGAGCACAACAAACAACCGCAAACAUGCAGGAUAUGCUCGCUAACGUGGAUCACCUCAAGUUUGACCUGGAGCUCGCUGUGCAGCAGCAGCUAGGAGCACAGCCGCUGCCCUUCCCCGGCAUGGACAAGUCCGGGUCUGCUGUGUGUGAGUUCUUCAUGAGAGCAGCUUGUCUGAAAGGUGGGAUGUGUCCGUUCCGUCACAUCAGCGGAGAGAAGACGGUGGUGUGUAAGCACUGGCUCAGAGGACUGUGUAAGAAGGGAGACCAGUGCGAGUUCCUCCACGAAUACGACAUGACCAAGAUGCCUGAAUGCUACUUCUACUCCAAGUUUGGUGAGUGUAGCAACAAGGAAUGUCCAUUCCUGCACAUUGAUCCAGAGUCCAAGAUCAAAGACUGUCCCUGGUAUGACCGAGGCUUCUGCAAACACGGUCCUGACUGCAGACACAGACACACGAGAAGAGUGAUCUGUAUGAAUUACCUUGUGGGCUUCUGUCCAGAGGGGAAAUCCUGUAAAUUUAUGCACCCUCGCUUUGAGCUGCCUAUGGGAGCCUCUGAACAGCCUCCUCUACCACAGCAAAUCCAGAACCAGACGAAGCCUGUGCCUACCAUCGGUCGCUCGUCGCUCUCCCUAAUCCAACUGACCAACUCCAGUCCAGGCCUGCGGCCGCAGAACCACACAGCAAUGGCUGCUCCUCAGCAAAAUAACAUGACCGGCAACAGAGGGCCUCGGCCACUGGACCAGGUCACCUGCUAUAAGUGUGGUGAGAAGGGCCACUAUGCCAAUAAAUGCACCAAAGGCCAUCUUGCUUUCCUGAGUGGACAGUGAUCUUCAGCCUUGGGGUCACCAUGGUGCUGUAGCUCAGUCAUCCUGAUGUGAGCAGAGGAGAGGAAGAUCCUUUGCUCUGCAGACUGAAGAUAAUAAAGACUUUGACUGCCACUGUUGAGUGUGUCUCUACUUACAGACACAGAAGGGAGGAACGAUAAACAAGCUACUAUUUCUACUCUUUGUGGGUACAUGAAAAUAUCCAGGAACACCAGAAAAAAGAGUCACAAUCUGAGUGGCUGGCUGACUUGUGUGCAAGUCUUUAGAGUUUUCUACAAAGUUUGUACUGUAAAGCACACUGAGUAUUUAUAGACAUCACACCCAGGGUCCAACAGAGGUGCAGUGCUGUGACAUGGUGCUGCUUCAGUAUGUACAUUUCCUUGGGUCAUGUGACUGCAUCAGUGACACCAGACCAGUCUUUCUAUUCUGCUACUUGUGAUAAAUCUGACAGUGUAAAUGCAAUAAAAAACAAA